AUGUCUACUGAACUUGCAGGAAAGAAUGAUAAAAUCCGUCGCUGGAAGACUUGCUUAUCCGUGAUUGUUGAUGACAGAAACAGGAUGGCGCAUGUAACGUUUGAGCAUGCGCCACCAGAAUAUGGUUUUGUUGACUACAUUGUCUCGUUAAAUGAUGCUGUUAAGAAAAGGAACAUUCUUCGAAUACAAACAAACACAACUUCAGCCAAUUUUACGGAUCUCAAAAAUGGAGACUAUACUAUCGUUGUAUAUCCAAUAAAUGACAAUAACUGUUAUCCCUUCUGCUCAAGACGAAAGUCUGAUAUAUUUAGCAUUGAAAGAAAUACCAACAACUUACUGAACCUAACAGUCUGUGGCAAUGAGACACGAACUAAAACCCUGAUCAAUCGGCCAUUAGAAGCAACCGCCACACCAAACAUCUGGAAAUUUUAUUUACUUUUUCUCUCGUUAAUUUUUGUGAUCAUUGCAUUUAUCGUCUAUAGACGGAAACGGCGACACAUCACUGCAGAUAACCUCAGCAGUUUAAAGAACAACACAACGACUUCCACUGGCAAAGUAAAAGUAUUCGUCAUAUACGCUGAAGAUCACCCGUUUCACACGGAAGCGUGUCAGUCAUUCGUUCAUUAUCUCAACGAACACUGUUUCUGUGACGUACUCAACACCUACCCAGAAUACGACUCUGUCCCUGUUCCCGACAUGGAGAAACACUCUGACUUUGUGCUUGUUAUAAACUCCCAGACUCUCUACUGCGAAUUCCGUGCGUGGAAAUUCCGAGAAACCUACCCAGAUAUGAAGAGUUACUUUUGUCACGAGCUAUUCGAGAAAAUUCUCCAGAAUGUCAAAGAGUCACCUUCAUCCGGCACUUGUGAGUAUCUCAUGUGCGCAAUGGAUUACACGGACGACAAAUACAUUCCCCUUGAAUUUGGUAGGUGCGAACCUUUCAAAAUAAUCGACGAUAUGACAGAUCUGGUGUGCUACAUACAGAAGUUAGACCUCAGCUCCAUAAAGGGAAGAGAUAUUCCACGCGUUUCAGAGCACAUCUAUACAUCCCCUGAUGGAAACGCCUUACUCUCCGCAAUAGAAGACGCAAGGUACUUUGAAAAGACACACCCUAACUGGUUUCAAGAGGAAAACAUUUCUGUAUCUGUAACGGGGUGUUUAUAA